AUAUUUUGUAGUGCAUAGAAUAGAGUUCAUGGUGUCAGACUAUUCUAAGCAUUUACAAAUACUUAAGUGUUACGAAAUCUUUCCCGUUUCUUUUCAAAUUUCGUUUAAAAUGUAUUUCUCAACCACUUGUUAGGUUUGUGAUUUUUCGUCUUGACAAACCUUGUAAAAUCUAAAAUACACUGAUUAGCUGACUCGUGAAUAUAUUAUUCUUCGGCUCAUAUCGCCCAUAUCUGACAGCAAGAAAGCGAUAACGACAAGUCGUUGCUUGUGUUGCACAACUCCGCCGAUAACAAGAUGCUGGAAUGAGAACCACAGGAACUGCAUUUCUGUGAAGUAGCCAUUUGGAUUUUGAUAGUUGGGAUAACUUGCAGUUUAAACUUUAAGGGAAUGUCGUGUUUAUUUGCCACUUGUCAAGCCCCGAUUCAGGCCGUCAUACGUCCCGCUGUAUGGGUUCCAGGGAUACGCAACCUGCAUAGUCGCCGAGAAAAAUGUGCUUAUUCUUUCUCAUCUGGUCUGCUACCCCUAAUGAUUCCUCCUCCAAUUCCCCUUAUUCUAAAUGUGAUAUUCUUUUUUGUCCCGUUUUGGGAUAAUGGAUUCAACAAAACCUGGCUUGAGAUCAUUCGAAGAAACAUGGAUUUGGAAAUUUUAGCUGAACACUCUUUGGCUUGAUGUGUAGAACAAUCUGUACUUUCUUUUUGUAUCUGUUUCGUGUUUUCAUUGUUUAUGUUUCUAUUUUGUUUUUUUUCCAUUUUUUCUGGUUAGAUGAUAUCAUUCCUAAUGUGUGACUACAAUUCUUUCGAAAUUACGCACUUAUGACGCUUUUCCGCUGUUCUGUGAUUGUGUCAUACCCUGAAAAUAGUGACGUAUACCUGUACUGUACAAUACAUUUUGGUGUGAAAGUGUUCCGUUCAGUCGUUAACCUGCUGUGAACAGAUACGGCGGAACUGCUCCCUAAAUUUAUGCGAACAGAAUAAAAGUACAUG